AAAACCUUCGAAUGCCCCACAAAUGUGUCUCAGCGGUAUUCGUAUAGAGAGAUCGAAAAAAUAACUAAACACAGAGCUAAAACCAAUAAUUUAGAGAGCCAAAAAAAUAUUUGAAUCUUUCAUGGCAAACGCAGAUGAUGUCACGGUAAGAGGCCAACGUAAAUGGGGUUUACUGGUGGCUUUGGUAGCAGCAGCUCUCUCAGCUUCUGCUGCAUUUAACUUUGGUAGGUGGAGAAGGCGGUUGGAGAUAUUACAUAAAAGAAUUGAAGAACUAGAAAAUUCUCUACAAACUGCCUUGCAAAAUUGUUUGGCUGAACGAAAAGGUCGCAUUCGAGCUCAGCAGGAACUAAGGGAUGCUUACACCAAGAAGAAUUGUGUAGAUGCAAAAUUUACUCCAUAUCCUAUGACACCAAUUGGUAUUGUACAGUCAUGUUUUUCCACAAGAAAUGGAACACCACGACAGACAUUGCUGGUGCCCUCUGCCAGGGCAUGUUUGAUAUUAUAUUCUGGUGGAAUUCCUCCAGCUGCCCUUGAAGGACUUGCAGAAUUCUCUCAUUGCUGGAUUCUUUAUGUUUUCCAUAUGAACACUGAUUUGUCAAGGCUGUGGGAGCAACCGGCACAUUCAAAUUUCAGAGCAAAGGUGAAAGUGCCAAGGUUGCAAGGUGGUAAGAAGGGAGUGCUUGCAACACGAUCUCCACAUCGGCCUUGCCCAAUUGGCCUUACUGUUGCAAAGGUGGAAGCUGUACAUGGGCGUAUGGUGUUGCUCUCUGGUGUUGACCUGGUUGAUGGGACGCCCGUGCUUGAUGUUAAACCAUACUUACCGUAUUGUGAUAAUGUUGAUGGAGCUAAGGUUCCAAAUUGGGUAAAGUCAGAGGGUAUGGAGGAUCCUUUAGCUGUGGCAUCUGUAAACUUUUCCCCAAACUUCUCAACUUGUUUGGGAAGUCUCUGGAAGACAAGGGCAAUUCAUUCCUUAUACUCUUCUCCAUAUGAAUUUCAAGUUUUGAUUGAGGAAAUACUAUCUCGGGAUAUACGAUCUUUAAACCAACGGACACGGCCCCACAGAGCAAUUUCAGAUUAUUUGGAUGUGGAUUCAAAUGGUUGCAGUGAUAUGUCAAAAAACAUCUGCAGGGAUGAGGUUGAUGAGUCUGCCACAUUCACAUUCAUGGCAGAAAAUGGAAAAGAGAGCUCAACAAGUAGUGCACAAGAUAAUGUUCUGUACCACUUGAUUUUGGAGGGGAUUGAGGUAUCAUAUACAAUAGAUGAUCAUGCUAAUGUUGUCAUUUACCAUGCACAAUCGUCUAGUGACUUAAGAGAGAAUAGUGCUCAUGAAUGCAAUCACAUGAUUUGGUCAAAUAUAGUAAGCAGAGACCUUAAAUGUGUAGCUUAAUACAGAUAUAAUGGUAUCAUGGGUCACACUUAGCAUGGUUUUAUAACUGAAUGUAUCUGUAAUCCGUUAGGUAUUGCAAGUUGCAAGUGCCAAUGAUCAACAGACAGCACCUAGUUCAAUUUUUCUGCACCCAAGAGAUAGCUGAGUUUGAGAGAAAAAUAUUAUCUUCAUAAAAAUCAUAAAUGAAGUUGCUUUGAUAGAGCACCGGGUACAAUUUUGCUGGUUGUAUGAUUAAUCUGAGUUGUAAUGAUCUAACUUCUAAGCAUCUUGACAAACUUUAUUUUUCAUAAGCUGUCACUUUGAUCAGCUUCAAGGUUCUCAGCUGAUGUUUGUUCUUGGCGUUCAGAUAACAUUUUCUGUGUGAAAUAUUUCCGUGGAGGUACAUAUCUGUAAUCUGAAAAAGGAGCUAUCCAUUUUCUGGACGUGAAGAGGAUUAUCUUAAGGAUC